GGACGAAAAAACUGGGAGGGCGAAGGGAGCUAGAUCUGAUGGGGUUUCUGCCCAAUACCACCAUCCCUUUCCGAAACCGCCUUCUCACUGCCCUAAAACCGCUCGCAAAGCCCCAUCAAAACCGCUCCUCACUCAUCGCCACGCUCCCUGCCGAAACCGGCUGCCGGUUUUGACGGUCCCGUCGGGAUCCGUGGAAAAAAUUUCUUUUCCCAUCGCCACCUUCUCCGGUGGGAAAAAAAUUUCUGGGGGGUUUCCCCCGAUUUUUUCCUUCCCUUCCGGAGUCCGGGAACUCCUCGUUUCUUCCGUUUAGGGUUUUGCUUUAUCCCUCUGUUCUUGCUUCUUUCUUCUUUGUUUGUUCGUUAAUCCUUUUGAUCCUUUUACCUUGGGUGUUUGUUUUGUUUGGGAGAAAGAGGGGGGGAAAGGGAGGGUGUAGGCCGUGUUUAUGCAGCAGGGCUCCCAGCAGGGCGGCGGCGGCGCCGCUCCUCACGGUCGGAAUCCGCCGCCCUGUCGCUCGUCAUCGGCAUCUCCAUCGCCUUCGUCGUCGUCGUCAGCAGUCUCUGCCCCACAUCUCGGGUUUGACUCGCUUCAGCAUCCACAGUUCCAGCAGCGGCAGCCUUUGCAACAGGCACAUCUCAGAAAGCCUGAAGGAGAUGACUCUCUCAUAGCUUAUCAGACAGGAAGUAACCAUGGCAUUUUGGGGGGUAGCAGCUUUCCUUCAUCUAGCAUGAUGCCUUUUCCUCAACAAUCUAGGAAGUUCAUUGAUAUAUCUCAACAGCAAAAUCUUUCCCAGGUUCGGGAAGAAAAUCAGGUUAAAGUUCAGAGCUUAGAAGAGCAGGUGCAAAGUCCGGCUCAUCAAGCUUAUCUCCAAUAUGCUUUCCAGAAUUGUCAACAGAAAACUACAGGAAAUAUGCAGGUGCAACAACAGAUGAAAGGUGGGAUGAUUGGCCCGUCCUCUAAGGAUCAGGAAGCACACAUAAACAAUAUGAAAAUGCAGGAGCUAAUUUCCAUUCAGGCUGCCAAUCAGAUGCAAGGAUCCAUGUUUAAAAAGUCUAACGAGCAUGUUGUUAAUACUGAUAGGAAGUUGGAUCAAGGACAGGUUAGUGGUGAUCAGCGGGGUGAUAUGAAAGCCCCACAAGCUGUCAUAGGACAAUUAACAGCAGGAAAUAUGAUGAGGCCUGUGCAGGCAUCACAGGCUCAACCAAGUAUGCAGAAUAUGGCAAAUAACCAGUUGGCGAUCCUUCAGUUACAAGCUGUUCAGGCUUGGGCGAUGGAGCAUAAUGUUGACCUCUCCCUUCCAUCGAAUGCCAACCUUGUUGCACAACUUUUACCCAUUUGGCAGUCAAAGAUUGCUGCAAUUCAGAAAGCAAAUGAAGGCAAUACCGGAUCACCACAGCCACGUUUGCCCACAAAUAAGCUGCAAGGGUUGCCUUCUCCCCCUGUCAAUGAUCGUCCAAGCAUGGGAAAUGAAAACUCUGUUCAUGGGAGCUCUGUUACGGAAGCGUCUGUUCAAGCUGGGCCUGCAAAAGCUCAGCCGACAUUUCCUGGAGGUUCUUUUCCAACUUCUGGUACUUCCAAAGUUGUGAACAGCACCAAUGCUCAAAUGCUUCAGACUACAUCCCAGAGCAGAGAGAAUCAUGUUGAAAAGGCUGGUAGACAUGCAGUUGGGAAUGGCGUGCCAAUCAUGCAGUUGACACAGACAUCAGCACCUACAAGCCAAAGCAUGAGUCAAUCCAUUCCUGAAAUGCAAAUGCAAAACUUAAGGCAGUUGCAACAAUUGAAUCGCUACCCUUUGCAGUCGGUGGCAUUGAAUGAGGGGCUUCGCAAUGUCCCAUCUCAGACUUCUUCUUUAAACCAAACUCAAAGGUUGGGGUUCACUAAGCAGCAGCUUCAUGUCCUUAAAGCUCAAAUAAUGGCCUUUAGGCGUCUCAAGAAAGGGGAUGGCGUCCUUCCUCAGGAUAUUCUUCAAAGCAUUUCACCUCCUCCACUGAAUACACAGCCAUUACAGACAGUAUAUCCAGCAUCUGGCACCACACAAGAAAGAAACAUGGCAAAGGGUCAGGCAGAUCAUGGCAAGAACUUACUGGUUAGUGAUAAAGCACAAGUUGUGCCUCCUAAUAGAGCACAACCUGUUCUAAAGGAGGAAACUGCGGCAGGUGAGGAGAAAACAACUAUUAGCAGUCAUUCACAAGGUGCAAUAGGUAGUGGCUCUAGCCAGCCAGUGCAUGUGGGGGUGGCAAAAGAUGUGCAUAACACUGCCAUCUUUGCGAAGCCAGAUCGUGAGCAGGAUGGAGAAAGCAAUAGAGCCCCUCCUAAAAGCGAUUUUACUCCAGACAAGGGCAAGAGUUCUCACCAGCAUAAUGUUCCGUCCGACAAUGUGCAAGCUAAAAAAAUUACAGUUCCAGCCACCACACCAGCACCAAAAGAUGUCAACAUUGUCAGAAAGUACAGUGGCCCCAUUUUUGAUUCUCCAUAUUUCACCAAGAAGCAUGAUUCUUUCAGCUCAGCAACAAGUCAUGUGAACAACAUACAUGCAUUGUCAUUAGGGUAUGAUAUAAAGGAUUUGCUAUUACAGGAAAGAAGUGAGGUCGAUCACAAGAAAAGAUCCGACAAUCUAAAAAAGAUUGGCUGCUUGUUAGCUGUGAAUUUGGAUAGGAAGCGGAUAAGACCUGAUCUUAUUUUACGUCUCCAAAUUGAGGAAAAGAAACUUCGUCUAUUAGAUCUCCAGGCACGUAUAAGAGAAGAGGUUGAUCAGCAACAACAGGAGAUCAUGGCUAUGCCAGACAGACCUUAUCGAAAGUUUGUGCGUCAAUGCGAGCGUCAAAGGGUGGAGAUCAUGAAGCAAUUACAACUGUCUCAAAGGGUUGCAAGAGAAAAGCAAUUGAAAACUGUAUUCCAGUGGCGCAAAAAGCUUCUUGAAGCUCACUGGGCUAUUCGUGAUGCACGGAAUGCUCGUAACCGUGGAGUAGCUAAAUAUCAUGAGAGAAUGCUAAGAGAGUUCUCAAAGAGGAAAGAUGAGGACCGUACCAAGAGAAUGGAGGCUUUGAAAAACAAUGAUGUGGAUAGGUAUCGUGAGAUGUUGUUAGAGCAACAAACCAAUACGCCUGGAGAUGCUGCUCAGCGGUAUGCUGUUCUGUCAUCAUUCUUGUCUCAGACAGAAGAGUACCUUCAUAAGCUGGGAGGAAAAAUAAGAGCUGUCAAGUGUAACCAAGAAGUAGAAGAGGCUUCACUUGCUGCAGCUGCAGCUGCAAGGGCACAGGGUCUUUCUGAAGAAGAGGUGAAAGCAGUAGCUAACUGUGCUGGAAAAGAAGUGAUGAUCAGGAAUAGGUUCUCUGAAAUGAAUGCACGGAAGGAUAACAAGUACUACAAUCUUGCUCAUGCAGUGAAUGAAAGGAUAAUUAAGCAGCCUUCACUGUUGCGGGCUGGGACGCUGCGAGACUAUCAGCUUGUUGGGCUUCAGUGGAUGCUUUCUUUGUACAACAAUAAGCUAAAUGGCAUUUUGGCUGAUGAAAUGGGUCUUGGGAAGACGGUGCAGGUGAUGGCCUUAAUGGCUUAUUUGAUGGAGUUCAAGGGGAACUAUGGACCACAUCUCAUAAUUGUGCCAAAUGCUGUUAUGGUUAAUUGGAAGAGUGAGCUACACAAUUGGCUACCAUCAGUUUCUUGCAUAUAUUAUGUUGGCAAUAAAGAUGAACGAAUGAAAUUAUACACUCAGGAGGUUUGUGCAAUGAAGUUCAAUGCGCUUGUCACAACUUAUGAGUUCGUCAUGAAUGAUCGCUCAAAACUUUCCAAAGUUGAAUGGAAAUAUAUAAUCAUUGAUGAGGCUCAGCGCAUGAAAAACAGAAAUUCUCGCUUGGCACGUGAUCUUGAUAGGUAUCGCUGUCAGAGACGGUUGCUUUUAACAGGAACACCACUACAGAAUGAUUUAAAGGAGCUUUGGUCGCUUCUAAACUUGCUCCUGCCAGAGGUGUUCGAUAAUCGCAAAGCAUUUUAUGACUGGUUCUCUCAACCAUUUCAAAAGGAUGGACAAUCACAAACUGCAGAAGAUGACUGGUUGGAAACAGAGAAAAAAGUUAUUAUCAUUCACCGGCUUCAUCAAAUUUUGGAACCAUUUAUGCUCAGACGACGUGUUGAAGAUGUGGAAGGGUCACUUCCACCAAAGGUUCCGGUUGUUCUGAGAUGUAGAAUGUCAGCUGUUCAAAGUGCUAUCUAUGACUGGAUUAAAGCUACUGGAAGUAAAAAAGCUGACCCGCAAGAAGAGUUGACAAGAGUUUCAAGGAACCCAAAUCGUCAAAUGAGGCAAUAUGUUCCUCUUCAGAACAGAUGCAUGGAGUUGCACAAAGUAUGCAAUCAUCCAUUAUUAUGUUAUCCUUUUUUGACCUAUUAUGCCAAGGAUUACAUUGUAAGAUCAUGUGGCAAGCUGUGGAUGCUCGAUAGGAUUCUUAUAAAGCUUUACAAAACAGGGCAUCGUGUGCUUCUGUUUAGUACAAUGACAAAGCUCCUUGACAUACUAGAGGAUUAUUUGCAAUGGCGACGACUAGUUUACAGGCGAAUUGAUGGGACAACUAGCCUGGAGGAUCGAGAAUCUGCUAUUGUGGACUUCAAUAGUCCUGAUUCAGACUGCUUUAUCUUUCUUCUCAGCAUUCGUGCGGCAGGGAGAGGCUUAAAUCUUCAAUCUGCUGAUACAGUUGUCAUCUAUGACCCUGAUGCAAAUCCUAAAAAUGAAGAACAAGCUGUGGCUAGGGCUCAUCGCAUUGGUCAGAAGAGAGAAGUGCGAGUUAUAUAUAUGGAAGCAGUUGUUGAUACUAUAAGUAGUUACCAGAAGGAAGACGACUUUAGGAGUGGGGCUGCAGUGGAUCUAGAGGAUGACCUUGCUGGAAAAGAUCGCUAUAUAGGUUCAAUAGAAAGUCUUGUCCGCAAUAAUAUUCAGCAAUACAAGAUUGAUAUGGCAGAUGAGGUCAUAAAUGCAGGGCGUUUUGAUCAAAGGACUACGCAGGAAGAAAGACGCAUGACACUGGAGUUGCUACUGCGUGACGAAGAAAGAUAUCAAGAAACUGUUCAUGAUGUACCUUCACUACAGGAGGUUAAUCGUAUGAUUGCUCGAAGUGAAGAAGAAAUUGAGCUGUUUGAUCGGAUGGACGAGGAGCUAAAUUGGACGGGCGAUAUGAUAAAAUUUGAUGAAGUUCCAAAAUGGCUUCGUGCCUCUACUAGAGAGGUAAAUGCUGUUAUUGCAUCUCUUUCAAAAAAAGCAUCCAAAUAUGGCUUGAUUGGCAAUGCGGUUGCAGAAGUGGAGGAAGAUGAAUCUCGUGCUUCUCCUAAGGUUGUCAGAAGAAGAGGGCGGCCAAAGGGAUCAUCGAAUUCUAAGAAGUUGCUUGCUUAUCAACAACUUGAUGAUGGGGAAGAAAAUGAUGCAAGUUCAGAUGAUAAAAAUGGAUAUGAUGAAGAGGAAGAAACUGGAGGAUUUGAAGAUGAAGAUGUCAGCAGAGAAUUAGGUGAUCCAAUGAAUAAUAAAGACCUGUAUGAAGAGGAUCUGCAAACUGAAUAUGAUGGGGAAGAGGCCACAAGAAAUGACAGGACCUUGGAAGAAGCAGUUUCAUCUGGAUCUUCUUCUGAAAGCUGUAAAGUGACUCAGGAUAUGACUGCGACCAUUUCUUGUCAGAAAUUCGGCUCUCUUUCUGCAUUAGAUGCAAGACCUGGAUCAGUAUCCAAGUGUGUGCCUGUAGAGUUAGAAGAAGGUGAAAUUGCAGUGGAUUCCAACAUGGAUGUCCAACAAUCUGGGAGCUGGAUUCAUGACCGAGAUGAUUAUGAAGAUGAGCAGGCUUUACAGCCUAAAAUUAAGAGGAAGCGCAGCAUCCGGCUUCGGCCUCGAGGUUCUGCAGAAAAAGUUGAUGACAAAUCCUCCGGAGACAAGGCAUUUCUCCAUCAAGGAAAUUCAUCUCAAUUGACAAAUCACGCAACACAUACUUUUGAAUCACCAUUAAGGGCUGAUCUAGAGGUUGAAACCUUGAAUGAUUCCAUGUCUGGAAAGAAUGAUAUCAUUGAAUUGAGCUAUAGGCAGCGGUCACAGCUUGCCUCAAAAAGAGGUGCACAUUCUUCGAACUCGCAGUUGUCAAAGAACCCUAAAAUCAACAGUUUUACAGGAGCAGAUGACCCUGCAGAAAACUCCAAAGGAAUUUGGGAAAAGGCAUCUCAUACAAGUAGUCCUCCUUUUAUUGGCAAACAGAUGUCUGAUAUCAACCAAAGAAAGUGCAAGAAUGUAUUUGCCAAGCUACAAAGAACAAUAGACAAAGAGGGUCAUUUAUUUGCACCAAUAUUAACUGAUAUCCUGAAGAGAAGUGAAAGUUCUGUUUCUGUACGUGGUUCAGUUUAUAUGCCUGAUAUGCGAAAAAUUGAACAGCGCUUGGACAAAUCUGAGUAUGGUACUAUAAUGGAAUUUGUGGCAGACGUCCAGUUUAUGCUUAACAAUGCCAUUCAAUGUUGCGGUUAUCCACAUGAGGCAAAAUCUGAUGCGAGGAAAAUACUCGACCUCUUCUUCAGUUCCAUGAAAGCUGCUUUUCCAGACAUUGAUUUCAGAGAAGCUAGAAGCCUGGCUUCAUUCACUGGUCCAGGUGCUUCUGUUUCUCCAUCUCCCAGGCCGAUAAGCCAAGGUGCAGGCUCUUCUGCUUCUCCAUCUCCCAGACAGAUCAGUCAAGGCCCAGGAGCUUCUUCAUGUGCAUCUCCAAGAAGGGUCGGCCAAGGUAGGAUGCAGAAGCCUUUGGAUGACCUGAAUCAUGAUCAUGGUUCCAGGCUGGGACACAUGUCCCUCUCUGCUGAUGACCACAUACUAGACAGAGCACUUACAUCUAAGCUUCAUAAGGAAUCCAGGAAUGGAAGCAGCAGUAGGGAGAGGGGCAUUUCCGAUGAUGUAGACAUAUUGACUCAUCCAGGGGACCUGGUCGUCUGUAAGAAAAAGAGGAAAGACAGGGAUAAGUCGGCCAUUAAAGCCAGGAUGGUUCAAGUAGCUUCGCCACCUGAUGCAAGUCGUCCUGUCAGACUUGCGGUACAGAAGGAUGCCUCUCCUGUGUCACCCCCUCCUCCCCAGCAGGCUCGGCGGGUCCAUGGGUGGCUUCAGUCUCCAUCCCCUAGUUCUGGAAAUGGUGCUGGGAAGAGCAGUGAAUCUGGAGUUAAGGAAGCACAGUGGGCACGGCCUGUGAAGAGACUGAGAACAGAUGCUGGUAAAAGAAGACCCAGCCAUAUAUGAUUUUGUAUAUAUAAUGAAAGUGCCCCUCAACCCCCUCCUCCCUAUUGAUUAUCAAUGUAAUUUUACUGGCUCAUAGGCUUGUAGCAGUAAGUCUAAUCCAUUGUAGCAGUAGUCCCUUUUUUGUUCUUAUUGAAGCCUCUGAUGGUAGGUGGUCUCCCUAUUAUUCAUGAGAGGGCUUAGCAGGCAUAUGUGUAAAUUACAUGCAGAAUUGUUAUUAGUUUAAGGCCUAUGUAAUCGAGCUCCGAUUUCAAUCA